AACCCUUCCGGAUUCCUGCAAUAUCUUAAGACAAAAAACAUGUAAAAGAAAUAGAAAAAGUCCACUUACUCAUUACCUUUCACCGAAAAGUGAAACCAUACACCUGUUUAUUUCUUGACUUUAGAUUAAAUUAUACACACUCAUAAAGUAUGGUUUCAUAAUCACCUCAAGUUCUAUAGAACUGCAUGAACUAUACAGAAAGAAGCUGAAGAAACAAAGUGUGUGGUUCUCAACAAAAAGAAUCUACCAAGAGAAUGACAUAAUAGUUUUGUUUUUGAAUGAGUUGUUAACAUAGUGACUUCAGUAAAAGAGUGACAGUACAUUAAAUUAGUGGGGUGCAAAGGCAUCAAAAUUUGCCAGAUUUUGUGGAAAUGGGAGUUGUCACUGUUGGAGAAUAUAAGCCUAGCAUUUCUGGGAAGAGGACCUUUCGUCCAAGUUCUAGCAUAAGACAUGCAACUGAAUGGCCAAUAUCUGAUGUCUCUAGUGAUCUUACCAUCGAAGUCGGAGCUUCAAGCUUUGCACUUCACAAGUUUCCUCUAGUUUCUAGGAGUGGAAGAAUUAGAAAACUUUUGUUAGAAUCAAGAGAUUCGAAAGUUUCGCGCAUAAGUCUACCAAGUGUACCAGGUGGUGCAGAGGCAUUCGAGCUAGCUGCAAAAUUCUGUUAUGGAGUUAACAUUGAGAUCACUCUCUCCAAUGUUGCUAUGCUAAGAUGCAUAGCUCAUUUUCUAGAAAUGACAGAAGACUUUGCCGAGAAAAACUUGUUGACGCGAGCCGAAUCAUAUCUAAAAGAGACAGUGCUCUCAAACAUAGCAAACUCAAUAUCUGUUCUUCACCGUUGCGAAACUCUCCUACCUUUUUCAGAAGAGAUUGGCCUUGUUAACAGACUAAUCAAUGCAAUUUCAAGUAAUGUGUGCAAAGAGGAACUUACUUCUGGUUUGCAAAAACUAGACUAUAAUUUCCCUUCUAAAACCAUUGAACCUGAAACACCUUCACAAUGGUGGGGAAAAUCUCUUACUGUUCUUAACCUUGAUUUCUUCAAACGAGUUUUAUCCGCGAUGAAGUCAAAAGGACUAAAACAAGACAUUAUCAGCAAAAUUUUGAUAAACUAUGCACAUAAUUCUCUUCAAGUAGUCAAAGGAAGCUUACUUGACUUGGAAGUUUUGAAGAAUCAAAGGAUUCUUGUUGAAACAAUAACUAGUUUAUUACCAACUCAAUCAAGGAAAAGCCAAGUUCCAAUAGCUUUUCUCUCAAGUUUGUUGAAAUCUUCAAUAGCAACUUCAGCAUCUACUUCUUGUAGAUCGGAUUUGGAGAAGCGGAUCGGUCUACAACUUGACCAAGCAAUUCUUGAAGACAUUCUGAUUCCAACAAGUUCGUAUCAGAAUAAUAACCGUUGCAGUACUAUUUACGAUACAGAUUCAAUUGUGAGGAUUUUUUCGAUUUUUCUUAACUUGGAUGAAGAGGAUGAGGACGAUAGCCGGAUGCGAGAUGAAAAUGAAAUGGUUUAUGAUUUUGAUAGCCCUGGAUCUCCAAAACAAAGCUCAAUUCUUAAGGUAUCCAAAUUGCUGGACAAUUAUCUUGCUGAAGUUGCAUUAGACCCAAACUUGUUUCCAUCAAAGUUCAUUUCACUCGCUGAAUUGCUUCCCGAUCAUGCACGUAUUUUAAGCGAUGGACUUUAUAGAGCAGUCGAUAUCUUCCUCAAGGUUCAUCCAAACAUAAAGGAAUCCGAGCGAUACCGGUUAUGCAAAACCAUAGAUUGCCAAAAACUGUCACAAGAAGCAUGCAGCCAUGCAGCACAAAAUGAAAGACUACCAGUUCAAAUGGCAGUACAAGUUCUAUACUUCGAACAAAUCCGUCUUCGCAACGCCAUGAAUGGAGGACACAAUCAAUUACUCUUUGGUGGACUAAAUGGUCAAUUCCCUCAACGUUCAGGUAGUGGUGCAGGAAGUGGAGCAAUGUCACCUAGAGAUAACUAUGCAUCAGUUAGAAGAGAGAAUCGAGAACUGAAACUCGAAGUAACAAGAAUGAGAAUGAGACUCACCGAUUUGGAGAAAGAUCAUGUUUCUAUGAAACAAGAACUUGUUAAGUCUCAUCCUGCUAAUAAGCUCUUCAAAUCAUUUACUAAAAAACUAAGCAAGCUUAAUGCAUUGUUUAGGAUUAAUGGUAUUAAGGCUAAUGGUGUUGGUUUUGAGAGAAGGUUCCCUUUUCCUAAAAGAAGACGUCAUUCAGUUUCUUGACUACAAAAAAGAAUGUUUAACAUAUAUGGUCAGAUUUUACUUACCUUUGCGACCGAACUCUGGAUUACUGAGCCCCCUCUUCUGAGAACCAAGAGAGUUAAUAAAAAAAAAAAAAAACUGUUUAACAUAUAGUAAGAUCAUGUAUAGUUUAUAUGGUAUUAUGCAUGGAGUGAUUGUGUCUAUUUUGUUUUGUUUGGUAAUAUGGUAACAUACCAAUACCAUUAUAAUUUACAUUACUUUUUCCGAUUGAUUGAGAAUUGUAACAACAUUAAUAAUUUAAUAUAUAUUUUCAGUGGUAAACAAA